ACCUGGUAAAGACUACUAUGACAACUAGAAUAUCGGAUUUCGCCAUUGUUUCUCAAAUGUAUUUUGUGAUAACGUAAACCUUAUUUUUGUUAAAUAUAAAUCGACGAUGAGCUACUAUAAUUAUUUGCCGACAUUUAAACUUCCCACUGAAAACCCACGAAAGAAACAUAUGAUAGGAUUUCAGAAGAAACGUUUCCUUUUUCACGCUGGUGCUCGAAAGGACGCACUCGUUGACACGACAUCGCCCGAUAGUAAAUAAACACAAGGUUGAAGUCUUCGUCAGCUGAUCGCAGCUCACCUGUCUCCUUAUUUGACCACCAUACAUACGGCUGCGGUAUUUUCUCUCUAUAAGUUAAGAUGAUUAUAUAUGCCACCUUAGUAAGAGCAGCAGAUGGAACUCCAUUAUCAGCUACAACAGACUUUGCUAGUGAUGCAGAUCAAAGAGUAAGAGAAGGAAAAAGGUGUAUCAAGUUAAUAAGCAAACAACUACAAAAGUUUGGAAAACGUGUUUGUCUUCAGUGUGACGAUCUUUCAAUACAUUGUGUUAUGGAUGACUGCACAGCUUACAUGGUUGUAUGUGAACCAAAGUACCCUCAUAUAUUGGCAUUUAGUUUCCUUGAUGAACUUAUGAAGGAAUUCAAUAUCCUUUACACAGCCUCCGUUGUCAAGUCAGUCAGGAGACCAUAUGCAUUUAUUGAAUUUGAUAGCUUCCUACAAAGAACAAGACACAAGUAUAAUAGCGCAAGAGCAAUUGCGGCUCGUUUGAACCUGGCAGAUAUGAGUACAGAUUUAAACUUACAUCCUCCCACUUAUAUCAAAAUGAGUAACUUGGAACCUCCUCCCUUAUCGUCACUUCCAACAUCGUCAUCUGUCCCACAUACACCUGUAAAUAUUCCUAAUGGAAGUCUAUCAAAUGGUGUUCUUGGCAAAGAUAACACAACAGUUGGUGUAACGCUGAGAUUACGCCCCAUUCCUUGGUAUGGGUGGGUUGCAAUCAUAUUUUCUGUACCUUGCUUAAUGCUUGACACAUACAGAGGAGCUGUUGCCAUCAGUAUGUCUAAUUUAGAGGAUAUUGAUGGUCCAUCUCCUUGGCAUGGCAUUUACUUUUUGACUGAAAUGGUCAUCCUUCUUUUGCAGAUUCGAUCUUUGAGGAAAUACAACAGAUACAGAAAACUUCAAACAAUAUGUAGUUUUAUGUUCAUAUUCUUGAUGAAUGGACUACUUUUAGAUGUACGGGAAGCUUGGAUUUGUUUUAUUUAUUUAGCUAUUUCGUUAUCUCUUGCUAUUGCAACUUUUCAUAGACCUUUCGAGAAAAAAUUGCCUAGAUUUCAUAUUUGAAGAUUUUUCACCGUUUAUAUAGCAAAUAUCAUUUAAAAAUUACAGUUAGUUAAAAGUUUUCUACUUUACUGUCAAUUUUAGUUGAUGAGGAUUUUUGGCCUAAUAAUUUUGUCAUUUUAAAUAAUUGUCUAUCUUUUAAUGAUUAGCAGGUCCGAAAAUUAUCUCCUCCUUUUAAUAAUGUUAAUGAUGAGCAGAACCCAAAAUUAUCUCCCUCUUUGAAUUAUGGGAAAAUAAAGUAUAAAGGGUAAAUGCAUUCUUCCAUAUAUACAUACACAUAUGUAUUUUGUAUUGCUUCAUUAACUUUCUUUCCUCCCUAUGAAUGGUUGUAGUAUGCAAGUGAAGUGACAUCAUUUUGCUUGCUUUUUCUUUUGGAGUAGGAAUUUGGGGCUAAAUACAAGGAUAAAUACAUUGUGCUUGAAUUACGUACUUCGAUUUUGUUGUAGCGAGAGGCUCUUCAGUUUAAUUCUCUGUGGUUGGUGGAUAUGGAUGUCACACACAGUACUGUAUGCAUUCUAUGGUGCAUUGUAGGCAAGUAUAAAGGUUUUUGUAUAGUAUCCUCUUCUCCCUGAGGUACAUUGCUUGCUGCCGUAUAAUUUUUAUGUGCCCCCUUUUGUCUUCCCACCCAAGCGGUCCCAGCGGUCCCUCUUUAUCAUUUUCUUACCUGAAUUAUAACCUCUCGCUAGACUAAAUUCAUCGGACAAUCCUUAUGAGGGUAUACAAUUUCUAUUGUGGCUCAGUGGUCUUUUUAAUGGUUUCUGUGAUAGUGGUUGUAAUCUAUAGGAAAUUAUGACGGAAAAAUACUAUCUGUUGAUUUUUAAAACUGAAAGGUAACUAAACAGAAGCCAAAGUACUGAUGUAGAAUACUUGUUUACUUACUCGCUUUCGUUAUUAUCAGAUAAUCUUGUUUUAUUGAUGGUUAUUAAAUAAUACUGUAUGAAUAAACUGGUACAAAAUGAGGAAAAAAAAUGGCUUCAUUCACUCUAUCUCCAUAGAAGAAUGUGGGUCUUAAAACCACCAGGUAUCCAUUAGUAUUAUACAGUGUUGCAUUUUUAAAAUUAAAAGUUUUUUUUACCUGUUUUAUGGAAAGAUUGCUUACAUUUUUAAAAUGUUUUAUAAUAGGAGGUUAAUAUAAUUAUUUUUAGAAAACCAAACAAAUUUGUAACUUUUUAUACAAUAUAUACAGUAUAUGUAUUCUCCACACAACUGAAAUUGUCAGCAUUGGCAUGAUAACUAUAAAUAAAUCAAUCCUCCUUU